UCCUGCAACUGCAUGGAGUCGAAAUUGCAUGCAAUUGGCACGAACGGCUGCAGAGAGAAAAGCGACGGCCGGCGUUGGAUGGGACUCGUUCUCCGCCCCGGUGUUGGCGCAAGCACACGAACAGGGACGCGAAAGCGCUUCGUCGAUUUCUGCGCCGUGCACAGUCCAGGAAGCGGAGCGUUUGUUUAUUCGACUGAAGAGUGGUGUGUUGUGUUGUUGCGGCCUUCGUCUUGUGUUCGCUCUCGCCAGUUUCACUGUAUUAAUUAGUAACGAAAGGACAAUGGCAGAUAGCGAUGUUAAGAGAGGUCGGGGCAGACCCGCAAAAGUCGAUAAGUCUGAUAAGGAAGUAAAAGAGAAGGAGUCACCGAAAAAACGGGGUCGUCCCUCUCCAAAUGAAGCACCCCCAGCAAAAGACAAGAAAGUGGAGAAAAAGUCGGAAAAAAAUGGCGAUGUUCCGGCGAAACGCGGUCGUGGCCGACCACCAAAAGGCAGCAAAAAGGGAGCGGCAGCAAAAAAAGCUGGCAGUGCAGGUCGCGGUCGAGGUCGACCGGCAAAACCAGCUAAAAAAUCUGAGACUGAAGAAUCUGAAGACGAGAAGGAGGAGAAGGAUGAUGCAGAAGAUGAGAAUAACGACACCGAGAAUGGAGAGGGCGAAGGGGAUGCGGAUGAGGAUUCAUCGUAAACUUGAAAAUGAGAGAAUUCCAUUCACGCAGUUAUCGUCAAGUCUUUAAUUAUAAUAUAAUUCACCCAUCAUUGAUUAGCCAUCACAUCAUCCCUAUCAUGUACGUUAUCACCAAUUGUACUCCUCAUUUGCUCCCAUCUGAGUUUCAUUAAUACUAAUAUUCAGCAAGGAAAGAAUAUAUAAUAAGUAGAAAGUACGUAGUAAAGGAAAUUGGACUACAAAGCAAAAAGUUGUUGAAUGUCAGGAGACACUUUACUUUGCUGUAGAAUAUUCAUUACGACAAAAAUUAUGCGUUAUCAAGUCUCAUUGGAUCUGUUCGUUUCUCAUCAUUGAAAUAGUGAAAAAUUCAUAAAAUCAUUUUAGUUUUCUGGCCUUUAUAGGCACAUGUUCGGACGGUAAAUACUAUGUGUGAAAAAGUAAUUUUAAGCUGAAUUUCCACUGUACAUUUUAUAUAGUAAUAAAUGCGAAAGAUGUUUGGCCACAUCAAAUUAA